GCAAAAUAAUUACAGCAGCUAUUUUCUUGAUUCAACCGGAAAUUUGGUUAUUUACAGAAUAAUCAAAGUUAGCACUAUUUCACUGACAACUACAGACACUCAUAUCUGAAAGAUUAGCUUAAAACGGAAUAAAAAGAUACCAAGAAACUAAAUAAAACAUUCGUAAAGUAAGUGAUCCUGUGAAGCAAUAUGUGCUCGAAUCUACGUAACUGGCCGGUCUUCAGUUCACUGGAGCCAAAAUUUAUUUCCGAGAUUCACAUGGUUAUGGUAUUUGGUAAAUUGGGUAAAAGGGCCUUAAUUGUAACAAAAGAGAAGGAAGUAUAUGACCUGAAUGACAAUCUCCAAGCUUUGGAGAACAGAGAUAAUAGCUUUACUACGCUAUAUCGGAAAAAGAUUAAGGAUUUGUGUGGAAAAGAUAUAAAGACAUUUGCGUAUAGCAUGGGAUCUCACAUGUUGGCACUCACGAAUGAAGGAGAGGUAUAUUCGUGUGACAACGUUUAUGGUCAAUGGAAGAAUGGAACAUUUAAUAUGGAUCUUACAUUUACUUUAAUAAACAUCCCUGUUAUUCAAGACAGUCAGAACAUGAAGCGCGUCGUGGACAUCGCAUGCGGCAAUAAACAUUUCAGCAUUCUAACUGAGAUUGGCGAAGUGUAUGCCUGGAAAUCAAAUAAUAGUGGACUAGAAGGUAACAGUACCUAUGGACUUUCUAUAACACCUAAGCUUAUUUUGUCUAACGUUGGUUGUAUCUCCUGCGGCUAUAACUUCGCCAUGACUGUCACCAGAAAUGGCAAAGUAUAUGGUUGGGGCAGUAACGACGUUGGCCAACUAGGGAUAGGAGGCAAGUAUGAAAGUAAAAAUAGACGGCAGCAGACUAAAUAUAUUGUGCACAGAGAAGACUUUUUCGAUCGCCAAAUGGUGACAUUUGAUGAGGAGGCUAGCAAUUUCGAGAAUAAAAAUAUGACACCACAGUUGGUUGGUAUACCGGAAGGCCUUGUAGACAAAGUAACUUGCGGAUUAAAUCACACACUAGUGCUCACAGACAAAGGGGCCAUUUAUGCCUGGGGCGGAAACAAAUUCAGCCAAUUGGGGACCGGCCAGAUGGACCAAUUCUGUAGUAUACCAGUCAUGGUCAGUCAAAUGGAAAAAAUGAGAUGGGUCGACAUUGCGGCUCUGAACAACACUAGCGUUGCUGUCACUGAAGCAGGACGUGUCUAUGUUUGGGGUGAUUGCCGCGGUGAGUGCAUCUCGACCCCAAUCGCCACUUCAUCCUCCAAUGUGCACGACGCCUUUGGGCAAUGCGGGCCGAGCAUUAUGCACAAACCGUUGAUUUUGAACGAAAAGCUGGACAUAUUGGGAUGCUUAGGAAUUGCAUUCGACGAUUAUUUGACAAGCGAUCUCAAAAUACAAGUGGAGGGCAAAUGUAUCUAUGUGCAUAAGAUUAUCUUGACAAUUUGCUCUUUACACCUCAGAACAAUGUUUGAGGGUGAUUGGGCAGAAAACAAUCAAAGUGUCAUUGAGAUUAAUAAAGUUUCCCAUGACGUCUACAAAGCAUACCUGAAAUAUUUAUACACCAAUACAGUAGAUUUAUGCCUUAUAAAUACCUUUGAGAAGAUAUCAGAACUUUUUGAUUUGGCCAAUGGUUAUUGUGAGGACAAUCUCAAGAAGCAGUGUAUUCAUAGAAUAAAGCUAGGAAUUACUGUAUCAAAUGUCGCCUACUUUUAUAGCUUUGCAGUGAAGUAUAAUACAGAGGAGCUGAGAGAAUUCUGCGUCCGAUUCGCCAGUAUUCAUAUGAUGGCUGUGGUGGAAACAGAAAAUUUCGCCAAGCUUGAGGACGAGAAUUUGAUGAAUAGAUUUAUAAAUGAAGCGGGCAAAGCUGGCUGCUUCAAGAAUUAAUUCCGUCUGUUUUCCUCAACAAGAUAAUGCAACUCAACGACAAAUGGAUGGAAAUCAUGUUUGUUGCUACAUAAAAACUCGCCAUAUAUUUUAUAGUUGUAUAUUCUGAUGAAAUAUUCGGACAAUUCUUUUUCUCAAUGAGUCAGUUGUGUAUUACUAUUAGGUGUGCAUUCAGGAAUUACGCCCAGAAAACUCUAGUUCACUUUUGCUAUAAUUUACGUAAAGUAAAUUAUAGCCUACAGUUAUCUAAGAGUAUUUCCUGAUUGUAUCCUAAUAUUUUGUGUAAGCGAUAAAUACACCUGAUUGCGUUCAGUCGUUCAAACUAUCUUACGCGUUCUAAUAAAUAAUUCAUGCGCGCGCGAGAGAUUCUUCUGUCAAUUUCGGAGAGUGUGAGAGAUAUUGUGAUCUUGCAAUGGUAACUGAGAUUAGCUUAGAAUUUGCGAAAACAAAGGGAAACAAAAUGUAAACUCGCUGAAAGAAAUCAAUCUUAUGCCUGCAACAGUGCUGUUAUCUGCAUAACGAACUUAUUAACGACGUGCCAAGUGUGUGAAUGGUUGCGAGAAUGUUUACAAAUUUUUGCUAUUUAAAAAAAAAUCAUUUUUAUGAUAUAGCAUAUUAGUGUUUACCAUGAUUAGCGAUCACACUAACUUCUCGCCGAUUUUGUUUAUCAGUUUGCGAGCUUUAUAAAAUAUUGAUAAGCAUGUA